CUGGUCACACUGCGUCCCAGGUCAGCUGCGAAACUCGCGAAAUUUUGUUUACUCCUUGGAAAUUAUACAAAUUUCCCAUUUGUGGCAACAUGAACGAGUUUAAGGUACCCGCUCCGCUGCCCAAGCCCAAAGUAAUCGUCACAGAGAAGCCACGCCCCGAGGCACCCACCGAACCGCCACCCCCGCCGCCCAAAGUUCCGAAAAUUCCAAAAUCCUCGCCAGCGGCUGCCUGUCCCUACAAGGUGCCCCGCUGGUCUGCUCCCCCGGCCGCCGACCAGAUCUACAGCUUCGAGGUGCUCAAGUCGGGCCAAAUCAUCGAUCAGGUGUGCCAGCUACAGCAACAGGCGGUCUGGACCUUUGGCCGCCUGCCCGAAAACGAUGUGGCUGCCGCCCAUCCCACGAUCUCACGCUUCCAUGCCGUGCUGCAGUACAAGCCCAAGGCCCCGACCAAGGAGGAGGAGCAGGAAGAGGAGGAGGAGGAGGACGGAGACCAGGAGGAUACGCCGAAGAACGAACAGCCGGAGGGCUGGUACGUCUACGAUCUUGGCAGCACCCACGGCACCUUCUUGAACAAGCAGCGCCUGCCGCCAAAGGUCUUCAUCCGCAUGCGGGUAGGUCACAUGCUCAAGCUGGGCGGCAGUACUCGCGUCUACAUCCUGCAGGGUCCCGGCGAAGACGAAGAGCCCGAGUCGGAGCUCUCGGUGACGGAGCUGCGGCAAAAACGGGACAAGGAGCUCGCCGAUGCUGCGCUGGAGCGGGAACUAAAAAUUCUGGCAGCCGAGGAGCGCGAGCGCAACGAGGGCGUUAGCUGGGGCAUGGGCGACGACGCCGACGAGGAGACGGAUCUCACACACAAUCCCUAUGCCAGCACCAACAACGAGGAUACCUUCUUCGACGACCCCAAGAAGACCCUGCGUGGCUUUUUCGAGCGCGAGGGUCUCAGUUUAGAGUACAAGUGCGAUGAGCUGUCCUCCGGAUCCUUUGUCUGUCGCGUGGAGCUGCCGCUGGACGACUCGAAUGGCAGGCCAAUUGUCGUCGAGGUGAAUCACAAGGGUCGCAAGAAGGACUGCGUGGUGCAGUGUGCCCUGGAGGCUUGCCGUACGCUGGACAGGCACGGUGUGCUGCGUCAGGCCAACCAGGAGGCCCAAAAAAGAAAGAUUGUCAAGGCAGGCGACUCGGACGACGAGGAUGACUUCUGGGAUCGCACGGGAGACGUGGAGCGUAAAAAGCAGCGCCUGGCGAAUAGCGGGGCCAGUGUCACCUUGACUUAUGAGGAUCUGCUCAAGCAGGAAAGCGAUCUGAAUGCCCUCAUGGACAAGGUGGAGCUGGAAAUAGGUUCCUACCAGCAGAAGGAAAGAAAGCUAAAGGAAAUGACCGAAAAACAAAAGUCUGUGGGCGAUGAUCUAGACAACUUUAUGGACAUGCUCAAUGAGGACGUCGAGCAACUGGACAAGACAGAGAUCAAGAAGCUGAGGCUAGAGCAACAGCGUCUCAAAAGCGAGCAGCAAAAGGUGCAGCGAUUGCUGAAGAUAGCCAAGCCCACAGCCUUACCCUUCGCUUCGGGCAGGGCCACAGCCAUGGAUGAGUCCCCAGGCCAGGAAGGCAGUGCGGCCGUCAAGCGGCAGCUGCCCAUGAUAGGCAAGCGGAAUCAGUUUAGCAAAUUUAAGGUGGUCAAGGCGCCAACAAGCACACAGACCAAGACGCAAGCCAAAGCAUUUGCCUCGGACGAAGAGGAGGACGAGGAAGAAGAGGCCAAGGAAACAGAAGAGAAGCAAGUUGGAGUAACUAAAGAAGAGAAGAAUGCGAGGGCAACGGAAGCUGUGGCAGAACCUUCCCCUUUGCAGCACAAGAACUUGCCGGAAAGCGAACCCCCUGCCGAAGCGGAAGCAAGCAAACCAGCAAACGCUGAACCGGAAGUCCUAAAACCAGUCGACGUGAUGUCAACAACAAAAGUUUCAGCGGAAACUUCAACAGUUGGCAGCGACAGCGACAGCAACAGCCACGACCACACUGUUGCUUCAGCAGCAGAGCCCGUGGAAAAGACAGGCCACCCCGCAGACUCUACGCCGGAACCGGAAGCCGAGGAUCUCUUGCAAAAGAAGCGACGUCAACGCCAACGACAGCGCAACAAACAGCGCCAGGAUGUGGACAUGGACCUGGACGAGCUGGCCGAGCACGAGGACAGCGAGAAGUACGCCAAGUGGGUGCCGCCCACCAACCAGAGUGGCGAUGGCAUAACCCACUUGAACGAGAAGUUUGGCUACUAACUGGGAAGCCCAAUUUUAGGACUUCCUUUUAAACUAGUCUAGACCAUUAAUUUAUGUACUCUCUAAGACCC